UGAUAUUAUAGGAUUGGGAUCUUCUAAAACUAUUCAUAACUUAAUUAACAAAGUUUAACCCUUAAAUUAAAGUUAACACCUUUGAUUUAAAUCCAAAAAGAUAAAGUUGAAAGCUUAAAAACUCAUCUGAAAUAGAAAAUGAUGAAGGGAGGAAGGGAGACCAUCGCCAUCCUGAUCGAAUAGUCUCAAGGCUGCUUCCUUGAUUUCUGAAAUCUAAUUUUCUGGCUGAGUAGCUAGGGCAAUGGAGGGUAACAUUGCUCAGCACUCUUUCCCAACACAAAGGAAAUGGAGAAAAGUUGCUUAUGGAGGCAUGCAGCCUGGGUUUGAUGAUAAUCAUACGGAUGAGACUUUCCUUCAAGAAAUGGUCAUGAAUGCCAAUGUCGUUAAAAGAGACAUGCUAAAGGUGAUGCUAGAUUCCGUUUCCAUUUCUCAAUACCUUUGUAUUGUCGCCCUUGUGGUUUUGGUUUGGACCCACACUCUCAAUUCUACGAUAACCGAAAAGUUUCUACUAAUUCUUGAUGUGUCCCUUCUUGGAUCAGGCUUUUUUAUUCUUCUAUUAACUGCUAAAAUGCUUUCAUUUAAUGUCCUCCUCAGUUACACUAUUAAGAUUUCGUUUUUCAUAACUGGUCUUUAUGUCUUGUCUCCAAUAUAUCACACAUUGACCAGGUCAAUAAGCUCGGAUACCAUAUGGGCAUUAACUACAUCACUUAUAAUUCUCCAUCUUUUCCUUCAUAAUUAUUCUGGAUCAACCAUAAAAGCUCCUGGAGCAUUAGACAAUCCAAAUUUAACUAGUAAUAUAUCCCUUAAUGCUUCCAUUGUAGCUUCACUUUUAAUUGCUUCUCGACUUCCCUCGAGGCUUCUUGUGUUUGCUAUAAUAUUGUUCUCUUUGCAAGUUUUCCUCUUUGCACCAUUUGUGACCUAUUGUCUUAAGAAGUACUCAUUUCGAUUGCACCUCUUUUUCUCGUUUGUGUUGAUGUCAAUGACAUUGACUUGUGUUUAUAGUCUGCACAAACUAUUGUUUGUGUUCUUGUUGGGGUUGUUGGUUUUCGUUAACUUAGUGUGCCCUUACUGGUUGAUCAGAAUCCAAGAGUACAAGUUUGAGAUCAAUGGCCCAUGGGAUGAAGCAAAGCUGUGCUUCAACAUAACAGACUGAAGGGCUUAUUCGGUUACUUGUGAAAUCUUGAACAGACAGCUUUUUUUUCCUUUUAUCUUUGACAUUUGUUCCUGAUGUAGUCUUAUUAGUUGUUCAUUAGAUUUACAUGAUGUCACUUAUCGUUGUAUAAUCUUGGUAUGUAUCAAUUUUGUAGUACGUUAGUUAUUUUUCUGA